ACGACGAGGUGGUACAUACAUGCACCGCCGCUGCAUCUCAAGUUGUUUGCAUGGGUUACGGCACUGCUGUGUGUGUGUGUGUGUCAAAUUGGCAAAGGGUGUCGGGCGGGAGCAGCCAGCGGCGCCACUGUGCUCGAGAUCUCUGGUCAAUGGUCAUCGAGUAGGCCAUCCCGCCUGCGCAGAUUCUCUGCUUAAAACGCCAUUUUUUGAGGUGAUUCCAGUGCUUCGGCCGGCGCCGCGCGGCCGUUAAAAGAAUCGAGAAACAACCGAGGGGGAGGGGAGUAGGGGACAGACAGCCGCCUUCUCCAAACCAACGAGGAGGAGACGGGAGCUAGCUGCUUGCUGUCGUCUCGCCGAGUAGCAAGUAGGAGCUGCUCUCGCCAAGUCGCGCGCGCCUCCCUCCUCUCUCUUCUCUUCUCUCUCCCUCGCGCGCUCCAUAUGCUGAGGUCAGUGUCCGGCUCCAACUCCUCGAGGGGCAUCGCCGCCGUGGUCGGCGUCGGGCCCCGGCUCGGCUCCGCGGUGGCGCGCAAGUUCGCCUCCGAGGGCUACACCAUCGCCAUCCUCUCCCGCGACCUCGAGAAGCUGUCGCAGCUGGCGGAGGAGAUCGCGCAGGAGGCCAAGGCGCAGGUGUUCGCGCUGCGGGUGGACUGCGCCGACGCCCGCUCCGUGCGCGAGGCCUUCGAGGGCGUCCUCUCCCUCGGCCCCGUCGAGGUGCUCGUCUACAACGCCUGCGAGCCGCCGGCGGCCAACGGCGACGACGCCGCGGCCGCGCGACCCACGCCCUUCCUCGCCGUCACCCCCGACGCUUUCCACCGCGCUCUCGCCGUCUCCGCCGGAGGGGCCUUCCACUGCGCGCAACAGGUCAUCCCGGGCAUGGUGGAGAGGGGCAGGGGCACCAUCAUCUUCACGGGCUCCUCGGCGUCGGUCACCGGCUUCGCCGGCUACUCCGAUCUAAGCUGCGGCAAGUUUGCGCUCCGGGGGUUGUCCCAGUCGCUGGCCAGGGAGUUCCAGCCGGCCGGCGUGCACAUUGCGCAUGUGAUCAUCGACGGCGUCAUCGGCGAGAGGAGGUCGCCGACGCCGAGGAGCAGCAGGGUCGGCAGCGCCGGCGACGCGGCGGGCGCGGACCCGGACGCGGUGGCGCAGAGCUACUGGCACGUCCACGCCCAGGACAAGAGCGCGUGGACGCACGAGAUGGACAUCCGGUCGCCGUCCUUCAUGUAGCAGCAGCAGCAGCAGCAGCCGGUCUUGUUGUGUGUACGUCGUGCGUGCCCCGUCCUGUGUGUGUGCGCGGCCGCGGCCCGGGAAUCGUGUCCCCGUCCCGCGCCGCACGUUUGCGCCGCUCUCGCUUGCCUAUUGCCUAGCCAGCUAGCUAGUAGCCUUUUUGGUCAUUUGUGGUGUGAGAUGCCCGCCCGUCGCUGGCCGGUGCGACCGCGCGGGCGUUCAGUGUGCGGGAAUUGCGGCCGAGAGCGACGGCGGCGCGGCUUCCGCGUGCCGUCGUCGUCGUCGUCGUCGUCGCAUCCUGUACCCAUCGCCGGCGGCGGCGACCGGCCUGAAAAGCUCUCAUGUGAUGUGUGCGCCGAUUAUUAAUCAUGCAGCUAAUGCAUAGUAUCUGUACAUGUGCAGGAUAUGCUUGAUUCUGGAUCGAAUUGAGCAGCAUCUCAGUAUUAUGACUGUGACUAUUGUAUCUGUUA